GGAAGGGCGUGUGCCGCUGCUCAGGGCUCGUCACUUCCGGGUAGCGGCAGUUUCUGUCUCCCGCCGGGGCUGCGGCGGCCGCGCUCGGACCCCCGGGGGCCUCCCGACCCCCCGAACCCCCCCCGGGGCCUCCCCGACCCCCCGGCGCUCGGUGCGGCCCGGGCAGCUCUUCCCGCCGGGGCAUGCGGAGGCGGCGGCGGCCGCGCUAUGUGGUACAUCAUGCAGAGCAUCCAGAGCAAGUACUCGCUGUCCGAGCGCCUCAUCCGCACCAUCGCCGCCAUCCGCUCCUUCCCGCGGGACAACGUGGAGGAUCUCAUCGGCAGGGGCGCGGAUGUGAACGGGAUGCACGGGACCCUGAAACCGCUGCACUGCGCCUGCAUGGUGGCUGACACCGACUGCGUGGAGCUGCUGCUGCAGAAGGGAGCGGAGGUCAACGCCCUGGACGGCUACAACCGCACGGCCCUUCACUACGCGGCGGAGAAGGACGAGACGUGCGUGGAGAUCCUGCUGGAGUACGGCGCCGACCCCAACGCGCCCGACGGCAACAAGGACACGCCGCUGCACUGGGCCGCCUUCAAGAACAACGCCGAGUGCGCGCGGUCGCUGCUGGAGAACGGCGCCCGCGUGAACGCCCGCGACUACAACGCCGACACGCCGCUCAGCUGGGCCGCCAUGAAGGGCAACCUGGAGAGCGUCAGCGUCCUGCUCGACUUCGGCGCGGAGGUGCGGGUGACGAAUCUGAAAGGCCAGACGCCCAUCUCGCGGCUGGUGGCGUUGCUGGUGCGGGGCCUGGGGACGGAGCGCGAGGAUUCCUGCUUCGAGCUCCUGCACCGCGCCGCCGGGCAGUUCGAGCUGAGGAAGAACGGCAGCAUGCCCUGGGAGGUGACGAGGGAUCCGCAGCUCUGCCAGAAGCUCACCCUGCUCUGCUCGGCGCCCGGGACGCUGCAGACGCUGUCCCGUUACGCCGUGCGCCGCAGCCUGGGCGUGCAGUUCCUGCCCGAGGCCGUGGAGCAGCUGCCCUUGCCCGCCAGCCUCAAGGAAUACGUUCUGCUCCUCAGCUGAGCCGCAGAACGAGGCGCCGGGGCUCUCGGUGCCGGCGUCCCGCUGCUUUUCCUCACCGCCUCCUCGCGGCGGCACCGGGAGCGAGCUCCGUGGGCUGGCUGGCGGCCGGCGGGUGCCGAUUCCCCUCCCCGGUCGCGGUUUCCGUCCCGGCGCCGCUCGCGGGCGGCUCCGCGUCCUCUCUCUGCCCGCGCCGCCCGCCCGGCGCCUCCUCCACGCGCCCUCCCCUCCACCUUUGGCCUCGUGAGAUGAACCAUCUCAAUUAAUAGCAAAUUAUAUCCCCGCUGUUGGAUUCA